AUGAAAUUAGCAGAGAAAGACACUGAACAAAAAAGUCAUCAACUUGGGCUUUCUUUUGCUGAUCUUCCAGUUCAUAUCAUUACACACAUUCUGCUAAGACUUCCCAUUAAGUCAAUUCUGGUAUGUAAAUCUGUUUGCAAAAGUUUGAACUCUCUUAUCUCAGACCCACAUUUUGCCAAAUUACACUUUGAGCAUGCACCAAUCGGUUUCAUGAUUCGUACCAAUGAUCCAAAGCGACUGUCCAGAUUUGUGCACCUUCUUGAGUAUGAGCCUGAAAAGUUUGACAAUAAUGAUGAUGGCCAGUGUUGUUACUGUGAGGAUGACUAUAUCAAACCAGAAUGCAACAACCAUGUAAAGCUUGAGCAUAAAUUCAAGCUUCCUAUUCAUGGUGGAAAUUCAACAUUUCACGAAAGAAAUGGUCUAAAUAGUAAUGGUAGAAAAAGACCUCAUAUUGACUACGAGCCGAAAUAUGAUAAGUUUAUUGGGGUGAAUUCUUGUAGAGGCUUUCUUUGCUUGUCUGAUCGUGUCAGAAACUAUUUUGUUGUUUGCAACCCAGUUACAGGUGAGUUCAUCAGACUUCCAGAAGUAACAAAAAUGGAUAAAAACAAAUAUUUGCACCAAUUUGUAUAUCCUGGCUUUGGUUACGAUCCCAAAACUAAUGAGUUUAAGGUUGUGAGAGUAUUGAAAAGAGUUCAAAAUCGACGGCGGGUUACUAAAAUUGUUAUGACUGCUGAUAUGUACACACUGGGAACAUCAAAAUGGAGGAAUGUUGAAGUUAAUCUUGAGCAUAUCUUCAAGCUUCUAUUUCCAACUUGUACGAACGGGGCACUUCAUUGGAUCUGUUCUCAUGGUAACAAAGGGUCAUUAUUGUGUUAUAACUUUAAAAGUGAGAAGUUCCAUUCUUUCCCUUCUCCUCCUGGUGUAUUCAAUGAAGGAAGCGAUGGUAUAAAUAAUGUCAGCAUGGGAGACUUUAGGGGGGUUUCUAUACAUAUGUGA